AUGAAGACCGAUUUCAAGUUCUCCAACCUUUUGGGGACGGUCUACCGUCAGGGCAACUUGCUCUUUACUCCGGAUGGAAAUUGCUUGCUUUCGCCGGUGGGCAAUCGAGUCUCUGUAUUUGAUCUAGUACAGAACACAUCGUAUACCCUUCCAUUUGCGCAUCGGACGAACAUCGAUCGCUUGGCUCUAGCACCCCGGGGCAAUUUACUGCUAACGGUUGAUCAAACCGGUCGUGCUAUUCUGACCAAUUUCCAUCGCCGUAUCGCAAUUCACCACUUCUCCUUCAAGGGCCGCGUGACUGCCCUCAGCUUCUCUCCAUCGGGUCGGCAUUUCGCGGUGGGUGUGGGCAGACGCCUGCAAAUCUGGCAAACCCCCUCGACUCCCGGCACUGAAACCAAUGGCGAGAUUGAAUUCGCACCAUUUGUUCUGCAUCGCGACCUCGCAGCACACUUCGACAGUGUACAGAAUAUCGAAUGGUCGAGCGACUCUCGAUUCUUGCUCACAGCCUCCCGAGAUCUGACUGCGCGCGUUUGGAGCUUGGACCCAGAAGAGGGCUUUGAACCCACAACUCUGGCUGGCCACCGUCAGGGCGUCGUCGCAGCUUAUUUCAGUGCUGAUCAAGAACUGAUCUACACUGUUAGCCAAGACGGUGCUCUAUUCCGCUGGGAGUAUAUUUCCAAAAAAGACCCCGAAACUGACGAAGACAUCGAUGAGCCGCGAUGGAGAAUUGUGAAGAAAGACUUUUUCAUGCAAAACGACGCCAAGGUCAAUUGCGCUGCAUUCCAUGCAGCUUCUAAUCUUCUGGUUGUAGGCUUUUCAAAUGGUCUAUUUGGGCUGUACGACUUGCCAGAGUUUAACACGAUCCAUCAAUUAAGUAUAUCUCAGAGCAAUAUUGAUGUCGUCACUAUCAACAAGUCAGGAGAAUGGCUAGCCUUUGGGUCCUCCAAACACGGCCAGCUUCUAGUGUGGGAAUGGCAGUCGGAAUCAUACAUUCUCAAACAGCAAGGGCAUCUCGAUUCUAUGAAUGCACUUGUUUACUCCCCGGACGCCCAAAGGAUUGUGACAACUGCCGAUGAUGGUAAGGUCAAGGUGUGGGACGUCAAGUCAGGCUUUUGUAUUGUGACAUUUACGGAGCACAGCAGUGCCGUAACUGCAUGUCAAUUCGCCAAGAAAGGCAAUGUCCUUUUCACCGCUUCGCUGGACGGUUCAAUUCGAGCCUGGGAUUUGGUGCGCUACCGUAACUUCCGGACGUUUACCGCACCAUCGCGCCUUUCAUUCUCAUCUCUGGCCGUCGACCCUAGUGGAGAAGUGGUUUGUGCUGGAUCUCCCGAUUCUUUUGACAUUCACAUUUGGUCCGUGCAGACCGGUCAGUUGCUUGACCAGCUGUCCGGCCACGAAGGGCCAGUAUCUUGCCUCGGCUUCGCUGCGGAUGGCAACCACCUUGUCAGUGGCAGUUGGGACCAUACCGUUCGAAUUUGGAGCAUUUUUGGUCGAACACAAACCAGUGAACCUUUGCAACUGAUGUCAGAUGUCCUCAGCGUUGCUUUCCGGCCUGAUGGUAAACAGAUUGCAGCCUCGAGCCUCGACGGCCAGUUAUCGUUCUGGUCUGUCGAAGAUGCCGUUCAACAGGGCGUAGUGGAUGGUCGUCGGGAUGUUUCAGGUGGUCGCAAGAUCACCGACCGCACUACCGCUGCCAAUGCUGCAGGUACAAAGGCUUUCAACCGCAUCACUUACAGCGCAGACGGCAGCUGUGUCCUUGCAGGCGGUAACAGCAAAUUUAUCUGUCUGUAUGACGUGGGGAUGGGGGCUCUGAUCAAGAAGUUUACUGUCUCCGUGAACACCUCUCUGGAUGGCACUCAGGAAUACCUGAACAGCCGCGACCUUACCGAGGCUGGUCCUCGUGCUCUCAUUGACGAGACCGGAGAGGCUUCUGACCGCGAAGAUCGUAUUGACCGCACUCUGCCGGGCGCAAAACGUGGCGUUGAUGCUGGCGCACGGAAAACGCGCCCAGAAGUACGGGUGACAUCCGUUGAUUUUGCUCCAACUGGACGCGCCUUCUGCGCAGCAUCCACCGAGGGACUUCUCAUCUACAGUCUAGACACUGAAUUUGUAUUCGAUCCAUUUGAUCUGGAUAUCUCAAUCACCCCCUCAACUAUUCUGGCCACUCUUGAGGCUGCUCAAAAAGCAGCCGCUUCAAAUACGGCCGAUGACGACAAUACUUUCCUCAAGGCCCUCAUCAUGGCUUUCCGUUUGAACGAAUCAAAGCUCAUUCGCGCCGUCUACGAAGCCAUUCCUCCUUCGGAUAUCCCGCAUGUGGUCAAGUCCGUUCCUACAGUCUAUCUGCCCCGACUGCUACGCUUUGUUGCGCACGCGGCAGAAGAGACGCCCCACCUGGAGUUCAACUUGUUGUGGAUCCAAGCGCUUUUCAGUGCUCACGGCCGAUACUUCAAAGACAACUCGGGGACAUUUGCCACAGAGUUGCGGGCUGUUCAGCGUGCCGUGGAGGACAUCAGCGAAAAUCUAAAGCGGUUGACAGAUAAGAACCUCCAUAAUCUGAACUAUCUUCUCUCCAAGCCAGUCCUUGCAGAGAGAAAGCCAGCAAGUGCUUUGCUGGCUGUCGCUGCAGGGGACGAGGAAGAGGCUGAUGAUCAGAUGGUGGAUGCCGACGAUGAUGACGAAGGCGGAUGGAUCGGGCUGGAGUGA